UGGAACAAUGCAGGCAUUUACAAACUAUUGCCACACUUACAAACUAUUGCCACACUUACAAACUAUUGCCACACUUACAAACUAUUGCCACACUUACAAACUAUUGCCACACUUACAAACUAUUGCCACACUUACAUACUAUUGCCACACUUACAAACUAUUUCCACACUUACAAACUAUUGCCACACUUACAUACUAUUGCCACACUUACAAACUAAUGCCACACUUACAAACUAUUGCCACACUUACAAACUAUUGCCACACUUACAAACUAAUGCCACACUUACAAACUAAUGCCACACUUACAAACUAUUGCCACACUUACAAACUAUUGCCACACUUACAAACUAUUGCCACACUUACAUACUAUUGCCACACUUACAAACUAUGCCACACUUACAAACUAUUGCCACACUUACAAACUAUUGCCACACUUACAAACUAUUUCCACACUUACAAACUAUUGCCACACUUACAUACUAUUGCCACACUUACAAACUAUGCCACACUUACAAACUAUUGCCACACUUACAAACUAUUGCCACACUUACAAACUAUUGCUACACUUACAAACUAUUGCCACACUUAAAACUAUUGCCACACUUACAAACUAUUGCCACACUUACAAACUAUUGCUACACUUACAAACUAUUGCCACACUUACAAACUAUUGCCACACUUACAAACUAAUGCCACACUUACAAACUAUUGCCACACUUACAAACUAUUGCCACACUUACAAACUAUUGCCACACUUAAAAACUAAUGCCACACUUACAAACUAUUGCCACACUUACAAACUAUUGCCACACUUACAAACUAUUGCUACACUUACAAACUAUUGCCACACUUACAAACUAUUGCCACACUUACAAACUAUUGCUACACUUACAAACUAUUGCCACACUUACAAACUAUUGCCUAAUUGUCUACUUGAAAACCUUCUUGUCUUUUCAGAACCACUACCUUUUUAUCAGAAACUAAUGAUUGGAGCUUUUGGAGGAUUUGUUGGAGGAAUCGCUGGCAACCCUGCGGAUCUAGUAAAUGUCAGAAUGCAAAAUGACAUAAAAGUUGCUCCAGAACUACGAAGAAAUUACAAUCAUGCCAUGGAUGGAGUGAUCCGUAUUGUUCGAGAGGAAGGUCUGGGGAGAUGUUGGAGGGGAGUGACGAUGACGGCAACAAGAGGAAUGAUGAUCACAUCAACUCAAGUCUCUUGCUAUGAUCAAAUCAAGGAAACAUUGCUCAACACUAGAUAUUUUGAUGACAAUAUCUUAACACAUUUUGCAUCAAGUUUCUUAGCUGGUACAAUUGCUACAGCAGUGACUCAACCAUUUGAUGUCAUGAAAACACGUAUGAUGAACUCCACAGAGUACAAAGUAAGUUAUCAACCAUCAUAUUACCUAUGUUAAAAUCAACUAUGUUAU